GUUCUGCGCAUGCGCGUACCGUUCUGCCCGGCUUGGGAGCCUUCGCGCCAUUCGGAGGAGUGUGGGGUGGCUGGUCACGUGGUGCAGGUGGUGGGGGAGGAGAGAGACCCCAGGUUACCUCAGAGACGGGGGAGAACUGUCACCAGCGACACCCGGGAUUGAGUCUCCACCCUGAGCUCGUCGCCACCGCCACCAUCAUCAUACAGCCCGGGCCUCCGAGCCGCAGCCGCCGACGCUGCCGUCAUGAAGGGUAGCCGGAUCGAGUUGGGAGAUGUGACUCCACAUAACAUAAAGCAACUGAAGCGGCUGAACCAAGUCAUCUUCCCAGUGAGUUACAAUGACAAGUUCUACAAAGACGUCUUGGAGGUCGGGGAGCUGGCAAAGCUUGCCUAUUUCAAUGACAUCGCAGUUGGAGCCGUGUGUUGUAGAGUCGACCACUCUCAGAAUCAGAAGAGACUGUAUAUCAUGACCCUCGGCUGCCUGGCACCAUACCGCAGGCUAGGAAUAGGAACAAAGAUGCUGAACCACGUUUUAAACAUCUGUGAAAAGGAAGGCUCCUUCGACAACAUCUAUCUGCACGUCCAGAUCAGCAAUGAAUCCGCCAUAGAUUUCUACAGAAAGUUUGGCUUUGAGAUUAUUGAAACAAAGAAAAAUUAUUACAAGAGGAUAGAGCCGGCCGACGCUCACGUGCUCCAGAAAAACCUGAAGGUCUCUUCCCCCGCGCCAAACGCAGAUGUGCAAAAGAGUGAAAACUGAACGGAGACCUGGACGAAUGUUUUUGGUUUUUUCCUUUGCACUUGCUUGUCGCCAAAUACGGAUAAGAGACCCGUUGAGUUUUACUGAGCGCACACUUCUAAUAUCUCUUCUUCCUUCUCCACCUGAAAAAAAAAAUUUUAAAGAAAAAGUGUUGAAUGCGUCUUGAAAGAGCUGUACAAUCUCGUCUGUAUAUUGUCUGGUUGAACUCUGAAGUGUUUCCCGUGUGCGGAGAUGAUCCGGGCGGGGGAGUUACGGAUUCUCUUUUUCAGGCUUUUCCCCUCUUUUUUGUUUUGGAGGAGUUCGGUGGCGUCUUUCAGUCUGAAAUAAUAGUCUUUAAAUAAAUCUAAUUUCUUUUUAGCA